AUGACCCUUAUCAGAACGAGAUAUGACGUCGAUACUGAUGGGCUCACUAUUUCCUGCAAGUCCCAUGAAUUCAAUAUUCCGGCUCAUCCUACGACUGAAUGGCUUAAGAGUAAUACUAAGCUAGAGAAGGCUGGGAUCUGGGGUGAGCAAACAGAUGCUUGGGAAUACCCGACUAGUCUUACUCAGCCAAUCUCGGACUUUCUAAACACCGAUGUUCGUCUGGUAUACAAAGGCCCAACGCCUCGCAUCCUCCGUGGUUGCGGAUCGCCUAAGCUUCUCGGCCGUACUGAGGCAACGAAGUUUGCAGACAUGAUGCCAAUCCUAGUUGGCUCUCUGGCUAGCAUCGGGGAACUCAAUGAACGCCUCAUUCAAGCGGGAGAAAACGAAAUCGAUAUCGAGCGUUUCCGGCCAAAUAUCAUCAUCCGCGGCGGCGGUGAACCUUGGACUGAGGAUAGCUGGAAGGCUCUGCGGAUCAACGAAGGCGAGGGGUCUCUUGACCUAGAUGUAGUUAGCCGCUGUCUACGGUGCCAGGUGCCAAAUGUCGAUCCUGAGACAGCUGAUAAGCACCCCCGACAGCCAUGGAACCAGCUUGUGAAGUAUCGACGGAUUGAUCCGGGUCUUAAGUUCAAACCAAGCUUUGGGAUGCUUUGCGUACCGCGGACUGAGGGUUUAGUGACAGUCGGGAUGAAGUUCAACGUCACGGCCACAACGAAUGACCACUUCUUUAUUAACCCAAUGAAGUAA